GGCUGCACGACUUGCAUACCCUGGACGCCGUACACGCUAAGCGAGCUUCACAAUUCAAGCUGCACAGGAGCCCGCUGACGAGUCUCUAAAUUUUAAAAGCGCCGCGUGGGCCGGUGACGUUUGAAAGACAAAAAAAAGUCGCCAAUCGGAGCUUCAAUUUCGGUUCAGUCAAACAGCUUUAUUUGACACCAGUGGCAUACAAGGGCGAAAUUCCCGCAAACAUGAACAUCCUCAAGUUGUGCGCGCACCCAACGUACCUUCUGUGUCUGCUGAAUUGCACCGUUGUUUUAAGGAGCGCCAUCGAAGGCACCAAUGUAAAAGAAUUGGCCAGUCCUUGUUCGGCGAGCGAGUUCAAGUGCGUCGGAAGCGGCGUCUGCAUCCCAGCAGCGCGGCUUUGCGAUGGCGUGAUGGACUGCGGCGACGGCUCCGACGAAGAGAAAUGCGCGGCGGUUCGAAAGUGCUCGGCCUCGCAGUUUCAGUGCACCAACCGGCAGUGCAUCUCGAGCUGGCGGCGGUGCGACGGCCAGUACGACUGCGACGACCACUCGGACGAAACCGCGCCCUUCUGCGGUGCCGAGACGUGUCGGCCGGACCUCUUCCGGUGCAAGGACCACGGCGGUCCAUGCAUCCCGUCGGAGUGGCGCUGCGACGGGACCCUGGACUGCGCCGACGGCUCGGACGAGUCAAUGUGUCCACGUAGGGCCUGCUCUUCGAGGGAAUUUCAAUGCGCCAACGGCCACUGCAUCAGGAGGGCGUUGCUGUGCGACGGCCAUCCGGACUGUGCAGACGCGUCGGACGAAGACGUGUCAACCACGUGCGUUCCCGCCGGGUGUCGGGACAAAGAGUUCGCCUGCGGUCCCGCCGGCGGUGGAUGCGUCCCCGCGACGUUCCAGUGCGACGGCUACGGAGACUGCUCGGACGGGUCGGACGAGAAGGACUGCGCGGUGAUCCGCCCCACGGGAGAACGUUUACUGCGAAGACGGCGAGCGCGCGACGCCCUGGUCGCAUUGCGACGGCUUCGCAGGCUGCGACGGCCGAUCCGACGAGAGGAACUGCAAAGGCUCGUCCGAAGAGGUCGCGUGCAAGAGCGGCCAGUGCGUACCGAAAGGAUCGCUCUGUGACGGUCACCUUGACCGCGAGGACGGCUGCGACGAGCACCGGACAGUCUGCACGUUCCUUCUGCGGGUGCUGUAGGAGGAGACCUCUGCACUAUCCGUGACACUUCGUACCCUGAUCAGAGCAUAGGUUACCGGUACUACACGAAUGUAUCAUUCCCGACGGCACGAAAACUCGCCACUCAUCGCUUCGUUACCCGUUCUAAAUUUCCAUGUGUGUCCCAUAUGAAAGCGAGCGGAACCAACAUGUGCAGCUGUGCAUAUCGACGAUAAUGUUUUGUAGACCAUGGCCGUCAAUUCUUUUUUUUCCUAUUCAGAUAUGUUGUACGCUGAUACGCGUUGCGACACGUCGUUACAGUACCCGAGAAAGCUGCCGGUACAAAAAGUUUGAUACUAAGCUUAACAGUUCGUCAGAGUAUUCUUUAAAAUUGUUCACGCAAUAUGUAUGCAAGAGAGCACUUAAAUAUGUCUUGGGCUGUCAAGAAUUGCAGAAGCUAGAAAUGUUCUUAUGCGCCUCGUGGAAAUAAUUUUAGGACGUCCCUGCGAAACAAUUAAAUCCCCAGAAGUCCUUGCACCUAAAGCCGUGGGCUAAAUUUCGCAAUAAUUGUUCAGAGCAGUCGCAUAGCAAAUAAACAAAUGUAUUUAUUAGUUUAAAUAUUUUCAUGACACAAGGAACUCUGUAACCAUACCUAAUGAUCCACGAUUGAGCACAUGCUCCGGAACAUGAGUAGGUGAAAACGAAAGAUGGUUAUUCUUCAUUACGUGCGAAUAAAUAUGGUUUGCUUAGAUUACA